AUGGAAACACAGACGGUACCCUUGUUGAUCAUCAAACCUAAUCCAGAUGAGUUUGAAGACUAUGCGCCAGUGAAGAGCUUAGAGGAGGCCGUCUCGGUCUUUUGGAAAGAGACGGUGAAGUUGUGGAAGAUUGCAGCUCCAGUUGCAAUAACAAUGUUGUUUCAGUUUAUGAUUCAAUCUGUCACCACUAUAUUCGUAGGCCAUCUCGGAGACCUUGAACUCUCUACGGUUUCACUUGCUCACAAUGUCAUUGGCAAUAUCUCUUAUGGUUUCCUGCAAGGUAUGGCAAUUGCAUUGGGAACACUUUGUGGUCAAGCAUACGGUGCGGGCCAAGUUGGUUCCCUCGGCAUCUAUUUGCAGCGCUCAUGGAUUGUCCUAUCCAUCACUUCUUUGAUCCUUUCCUUAGCUUAUAUAUAUGCAACUCCAAUCCUAAUGAUUUUAGGCCAAGAUCCUCAAAUAGCUAAUCUUGCCGGAAAGUAUAGCAGGAGUAUUCUUCCUGAAAUGUUCUCUUCUACUCUCAACCUGUCCACCCAAAAGUUCCUUCAGGCUCAAAGCAAGGUUGGCGUAAUCACAUGGAUGGCCUUUGCAGCGCUCAUUGCGCAAACUGGACUUCUUCAUCUCUUCAUCAACAUUUUCGGGUGGGGAUUAGAGGGUGCAGCUGCAGCUUAUAACAUAACAAAUUGGGGAAUUGCAGUCGGUCAAGGUGUGUAUUGUGUGUUCUGUUGCAAAGAUGCUUGGAAUACUGGAUUUUCAUGGUUGGCAUAUAAAGACAUUUGGGCUUUUGCAAAGCUUUCCUUUGCUUCAUGCUUCAUGUUUUGCUUCGAGUUAUGGUAUGCCAUGAGUGUGAACAUUCUCGUCGGUGUCCUUCCAAAUGCAGUGAUUGCUCUUGGCUCCUUCUCUAUAUGCACCAACUUUCAGAAUUGGGAGCUCAUGUUGUUGGUUGGAAUAAAUGCUGCCAUAAGCAUUCGAGUCUCCAAUGAACUAGGGAAGGGGCACCCAAGAACUGCAAAAUACUCAGUUUGUGUUGCUGUAUCACAGUCUCUCAUGGUUGGCACCUUGUCCAUGAUUAUCAUCUUCAUAUCUAGAAACUACAUUCCCUUUAUCUUCACAGACAGUGGAGAUAUGCAACGAGCAGUAGCUCGUUUAGCAUAUCUUCUCGGAGUAACCAUGCUUCUCAACAGUGUGACACAAGUGUUAUCUGGUGUUGCUGUUGGAGGUGGAUGGCAAGCGAUGGUAGCUUACAUAAAUUUGGGUUGUUACUAUUUGUUUGGUCUUCCACUUGCAAUCCUUCUUGGGUUUAAAUUAAAAUUGGGUGCCAUGGGACUAUGGGGAGGCAUGAUGAGUGGAAGUGCUCUUCAAAUCCUAUUCCUACUGAUUCUGACUUCUACAACCAACUGGGACACCGAGGUGGAGCAAACCACAAGGCGCAUAAAGAGGUGGGGGAACCAAGAAAAGAAAUCUGAUCGAGAAGAUAGCUUGCUGGGAUUAUAAUGUAACUGAAGUCUAGCUACUUGAGAACAAUAAGACUCACAAAUCAAGAGAAGGCCCUCAAUGCUCAAUUUC